CCUCCUCCCCUGCAUCAUCAUAGCCCCGCUCUCACCAUCACACGCUCGCGUAAUACUCCCGUGAAUAAGCUGACUUGUUGGAAAUGCUAGAGGAUCUUAACAUUUGCCCGACUGCACGCCGCAUGUAACAUCAGCGAGGAUCAAACAAAAGUGAAGGCGUAACAAGAAUUAAGAAGAAAAAAAAAAGCCUAAUCUGAUCAGACGCGCCGCAGGAUCGCUGAUUGGAACCAGUCCACUUCACUCAAGGAAAUCUUGAGGUGUUGCUCCUUGCUGACAGGUCGCGCUGUGGCAGGACUCUCCUUGGCUGAAGGGCACAAGCUGCCAUGCCGUUUGGUUGUCUCACACUCGGGGAGAAGAAGGAUUACAACAGUCCCACGGAGGUGACUGACAAAUAUGACCUCGGACAAGUUGUUAAGUCGGAGGAGUUUUGUGAGAUAUUUCGCGCAAAGGACAGAAACACCUUGAAAAUGUACACGUGUAAAAAGUUUAACAAAAAGGAUGGAAGGAAAGUGAGGAAAGCCGCAAAGAACGAGAUAAUGAUCUUAAAGAUGAUAAAACAUCACAACAUCCUCCAGCUGGUUGACGCAUUUGAAACCAAGAAAGAGUACUUUAUUUUUCUGGAGCUCGCCACAGGAAGGGAGGUCUUUGAUUGGAUCUUGGAUCAAGGUUACUACUCAGAGAGGGACACCAGCAACGUUAUGAGGCAGGUGCUGGAGGCUGUAGCUUACCUGCACUCUCUGAAAAUUGUCCACAGAAACCUCAAGCUGGAGAACUUGGUGUACUUUAAUCGUCUGAAGCACUCCAAAAUUGUUAUCAGCGACUUUCAGCUGGCAAAACUGGAAAAUGGACUCAUUAAGGACCCGUGUGGCACUCCAGAAUACCUUGCUCCUGAAAUGGUUGGAAGGCAGAGAUAUGGACGGCCUGUGGACUGCUGGGCCAUCGGUGUCAUCAUGUACAUACUUUUAUCAGGGAACCCUCCUUUCUAUGACGACUCUGAUGAAGAAGACCCAGACAGCCGUGACAAAAACCUUUUUCUAAAGAUUUUGUCUGGGGACUACGAAUUUGAUUCUCCAUACUGGGAUGAUAUUUCUGAUUCUGCCAAAACCUUGGUGGCCUCUUUGAUGGAUGUUGACCAAGAUCAGCGAUUGACUGCUCAGGAAGCUAUAGCCCACGAAUGGAUUUCUGGAAAUGCGGCCUCAGACAAGAACAUAAAAGAUGGAGUUUGUGCCCAAAUCGAAAAGAACUUUGCCAAAGCAAAAUGGAAGAAAGCUGUGAGGGUGACUACCCUCAUGAAACGACUUCGAGGGCCUGAUCAGGCGGAUUCGGGGGCUGCAGGUGCUGGCGCUGGGGCAGCGGCUGACACCAACACACCCGGAGGUGAUCCUGCUCCACCAACCGGUGGCGGCAUCAGCAUGGCUGCCACCAUUAAAGCCGCCCUCAAAGAGAAGGCCGACACACAGACUGCAACCACCCCUGCACAACCCCUGCAGCCCGCGGCCCAGCAGGAGGAGGAGCAGCGGCAGCAGCAGUCACGGUGCAACGGGGACGCUCCGCAAAUGGUGCCACAAAGAAAAGGAGACUAAGCCAACCGACAUAGGAACGGGACCCGUGAUAAGAUAUGGGUCAUUAAGCACAUGUAAAACUAAAACACCCUGGCAUCAUGAGUAUGUGUCUGUGCUGUCUGACAAUCACAGUUUGCUAACUUUUCAUCUUUUGCCUUUUGUACUGGUUGAUUAUUAGUGUUCUCCGCCUUCCUUCAUUUCUUCCUUUCGUUAUUUUGUGUAUAGGUCUCUUAAAAAGAUUGUUGCAACGGAGCUCUUUUAUUGUUUCCUUCCUUGAGAACUGUAUAAAAUAUUCAGGUAAUUCAUUGUGUAAUUUAGUGAACUAAAUCAUUGUAGCCUCAUUGUAUAUACAUGUAUUUGUCACAAUAAAUUGCUACUUUUUAGCUUUAGCAUUUACAAGUCGAGUUUAUGUCUUGCAACUUAAAAUUAUAAGUUGAAAUAUUUGGUCUUUGAUGACAUUACAAUCACUUUCAAAGUAAAUAAAUAAAAAUGUAUACUUUUUGAGCAUAUUUACGAGAAAUGUGUUCUUAAGACAAAAUUUGAUGAAGUGACCACCUUUUAAAGUGCACAAUCUGAACUGUAAGAUAGGCGAAUAUAUGUAA